AUGCAAUGGGACAUCCAUACAUUGAGUCUUGAGAAACAGUGGGUCUUAAAAUGGGAUUUCUCCCCGCUCAAAUUAAACAUUGCCACGAACGGAGGCUACAGUAAUUACACCCUUUUUUCCAUUUGGAAAUACAAGAGCAUAUAUGUAUAUUCGAUGGAAACGCAGCUUAUAGUGGCAUCCUGUUCCAUUGAUGGGGAUGUAAAAGAAUGUCUCUUUCUUACAUCAGACAUUGGAGAACGUUUACUCGUCAUAUGCCAUAAGGAAUGGAAAACUCAUUUUUAUUUAUUGGAUCCUUAUACCCUCAAAAACCCAGUAGAUGCGAGAAAAUUAAUAAUAUCCGAAUCCUGCACAGAUCCCAGCGAAGAAUUAGACUGGCCGUACAUAAUUAAUGAUAAUAGAUAUUUUUACAUUCGUGAAGGACAAUUAAGCAUUAGAAAAUUGGUUGGAGGAAAUUGGAUCGAAUAUUUAUGGAACAACCUUGAGGACCCUAACAAAGUUAGCGUGCAUUCACUCGAGAAGAAGCACGAAAAACUAAUUCAUAAUCUAUUAUUGGUAUUAGAUGACGGUAAUCCACAAUUUAUCAGUCAAUCAGAUACCUACAGGGGAACUUCAUGUCAAUGGGAUGUCGAAUUUGCAGCCGACAGGAUUAUACUCAGCGCAGCAAAAUAUAUCAACCAAGAGUGGAUUCGAAUUGAAGAGAGUCGUAAUGCGUAUUUGAUAAAACCCGAGUGCGUCAAUAUAUGUGAGACAAGCAAAUAUGUAAUUAAGAUCAAAAUUAUAGAGGAGAAGGAGUCGGAUGACUUGUUAAUUAUUACUUGUAGCGGAAUAUUUAUUUGGACUAUCAAUUCGGAAGAAGAAAUACAAUUGCGUUAUUUUUGGAAGCCUACACACAAGGAUGAGGAAGAAAGUAUUUUUCGUUUUGAACUCACGCCAGACCCUUUUGUAAUCGUUACCGAAAAAUACGAUCAUAAAGUUCAAGGCGAUUUGGAAUUAUCUGAAGAUUUCAAGGAUCCAUUUAAAACAAGUCUUCACGGAAAAGCCAUAAUGAAGGAGUUAUUGAAUUCGAAUAAGACUGAACUUAUAGAGAAGCUGCUAGACUCGCUCGUUCAAUCCACCAUUGUGAACGGUGAGAUCUCAAAUAUUCAACUAUUAAAUAUUGUUGCCGAAAAUUUUGUCGAGCUAUCACAAAAUUAUCCCUACGUUACCAACAAGUUUUUGGCCCAGGUGGCUUUUUUUAUACCCGGAGAUAGUCCCUUGUCUGAAAUAGUUGAACACAAUUCCAUUUCUAAACACCGCCAACACUUUGGAGAAUACAUAAGUCUUUAUUCAUUUAAUUCGUUAAAUAGAUUCAUCUUCUUUCUACGCAAAAAACUUAUUUCAGAGUUUCUAAGAAAAUUCAGACGAAAAUCUUCGCAAGUAGAGGACAAAAAAUCAACAAUAAAACUUGUUUUCCCCUUGCCUGGGUUCACUUGUUAUCCCUCUAAAUAUGUGACUCUGAAAGAGUUGAUCGUUCCGCAAUCCAAUGGCUUCACUGAAUAUGAUAAUCUUGACUUGUAUAAAUGGUGGAAUGGAGAAGCAUUACUAGAUUUCAAAGCCAUAAGUUUUCUUGGAAUUGGUGUUUACUUUUCGAUGAUGAUAGGGGUAGCACGACAAGCAUUCUCCUUUAUACUCAUAUUAGGAUUCAUUGUGCUCGCAUUCGCUCAUUCCCUGCAUCUCUUACUGAGACCAACUCUCGACUACUCUUUGACAACGUCAAUUAAUUCAAACGAUCCGAAUAAUCCAUGGAAUUUAGCAACACGGUUUUAUGCUGUUUCCUCGAAUGGCACCAUCGAUGAAUCUAAUUUUAUUAUUGAUCCUCCUGACAGCGGCACAAAUAUGUUUUCUACACUCUACACUUCCAUAUUGGCCGUAUACUUGAUGUUGACAGGUGACUCGAGUCCCAUAUCUUCUUGGACUUUGACCGAAAAUUUCACUUUGAUUAUUUUACUCGUCAUCUUUUCCUUCUUCACCACGAUUUAUUUGAUUAAUUUGUUUAUCGGCUUGCUUGGCAAUGCGAUUGGUGCGACGAGCACGAACGAAUCUUUCUUAUAUUUAAAGGCCGAGAUCUUGGCCGAAAUCGAACUAUUUUAUAUGCUGCCUUACCAGAGGAGAAAACCAAACUGGUUUCCCGAAUUUUUGCAAGUAUUUUCAAAAUUAUACUGCAUUAUUAAUACCGAGAUUGUUUUCCCUAAACAUAAUUACCGUCGCUUUAGCUUUUAUGUUGUUGACACCAUAAAAGUGAAGGAUCUUAUUUUUUCCAUUCAAAAUAAUGAAUAUCACGAUUCCAACCUUCCAUACAUCUCUCAAAAAUUAUUAAAAUUGGUUCAGAUUAAAGAUGAACAAGCCGAAAAAGAGAAAAAAACAGAGGAACUUGAAAAGGAAAGACAUCAGGAAAUUGCUAGAUUGAACCAAAAACUUGACGAAAUAAGUAAAAGCGAAAAAAGCAUACACCAAGAAAUCAAGGAAAUAAAGAAGAACGAAGAAGAAAUUAGAAAUUUGAUUAUGCAGUUGAGUCAAGAAAUCCGGAGCGGAAGGGAAACC